CCUAUAAAUAACCCCACCGAAAAAAGAUGCGUCGAACUCGUCUCCACCCCCUUUCUCGACCAUCCUCCCUCCCUCUCUCUUUCUCUUAAUUUUUUUUUUUAAUUUUUCCAAGGUUUCUUCAGCAAUCCGCAAAGCAAGCUAGGUAUUGUCUCUUUCGAUCCCUUCUCCAAUCCCCGAUCUCGAGCAAAAAAAAAAAUAAGGAAUUCGAGAUGUUGGAGCAGCUGCUGAUCUUCACGCGGGGCGGGCUGAUCCUGUGGACCUACCGGGAGCUCGGUAACGCCCUUAAGGGCUCCCCCGUCGACGCCCUCAUUCGCUCCUGCCUCCUCGAGGAGCGCUCCGCCGAGACCUCCUUCAGCUACGAAGCCCCCGCCGGGGGCGGCUCCUACACCCUCAAGUGGGCCUUCCACAACGACCUUGGCCUCGUCUUCGUCGCCGUCUACCAGCGGAUCCUCCACCUCCUCUACGUCGACGACCUCCUCGCCGCCGUCCGCCGCGAGUUCUCGCAGAUAUACGACCCCAAGCGCACGGCGUACGAUGAGUUCGAUGAGAUCUUCCGGCAGCUACAAAAGGAGGCCGAGGCUCGCGCCGAGGAGAUGAGGAAGUCGAAGCAGUUUAAUCGGGCCCCUCCCGUCGCUGGAAAGAAGCAGAGGCCGGGCCAGAGGGCUGGGUCGCAGGGAAACGGGAAGCAGAAAGGCGGUAAAGUUGGUUCUGGUAAAGAUGAUGCUGAUGGUGAGUCGGGAAAAGGGCGUGGAUUAUCAAACGGGAGUUCGAACGGGCAGGAGAAUGGAAUCAAGGAGCCUUCUCGUGCCCCGAGUGUUCUUGUUAAGGGAAAAGAGAACGGAGCCCCCGAAGUGGGGGCUUUCGAUGUAAAUAAGCUACAGAAGUUACGCCCCAAAGGUGGGAAGAAGACGGAUGCAGGUGGUGGUGGUGGGAAGGCUUCGAAGGCGGAGCAGAAGAAGAUGGUGAAGAAAAAUAGGGUUUGGGAUGAUUCACCUCCCGAGUCGAGGCUGGAUUUUACAGAUCCAGCAGAUGAGAAAGGGGACAGCAUCGUAGAUGUUGUGGCAACAGAUCAGGGGGAGAGCAUGAUGGACAAGGAGGAAAUAGUGAGCAGUGAGAGCGAGAGCGAGGAAGAUGAGGGAGUGGAGAGUGCCAAACCUGGCACCAAGAAGAAGGGAUGGUUCUCAUCAAUGUUUCAGAGCAUUGCAGGUAAUGCUGUUUUGGAGAAGUCGGACUUGACACCAGCAUUGAAAGCUCUUAAGGAUAGGUUGAUGACUAAAAACGUGGCAGAGGAAAUAGCUGAGAAGCUUUGUGAAUCAGUAGCAGCUAGUCUUGAAGGGAAAAAGCUGGGAUCAUUCACGAGAGUUUCCUCAACUGUCCAGACGGCAAUGGAGGAGGCUCUUCUUCGCAUUUUAACUCCAAAACGAUCCAUUGACAUUUUGAGAGAUGUACAUGCUGCUAAAGAGCAAGGGAAGCCAUAUGUUGUAGUUUUUGUUGGUGUUAAUGGAGUUGGGAAAUCUACCAAUCUCGCCAAGGUUGCAUACUGGCUCCUCCAGCAUAAUAUCAGUGUCAUGAUGGCAGCAUGUGACACAUUUAGGUCAGGUGCUGUUGAGCAGCUCCGUACGCAUGCACGCAGACUCCAGAUACCUAUAUUUGAGAAAGGUUAUGAAAAAGACCCAGCAAUUGUAGCAAGAGAAGCUAUUCAGGAUGCUAGUCGUCAUAGUUCAGAUGUUGUUCUUGUUGAUACAGCUGGCCGGAUGCAGGACAAUGAACCACUGAUGAGGGCACUCUCCAAGCUCAUCAAUCUCAACAACCCAGAUUUAGUUCUUUUUGUUGGAGAAGCAUUGGUUGGAAAUGAUGCAGUCGAUCAACUAUCAAAGUUUAAUCAGAAAUUAGCAGACCUAUCAACAGUUCCUAAUGCUAGGUUGAUUGAUGGCAUCCUGCUUACCAAGUUUGAUACAAUCGAUGAUAAGGUUGGUGCAGCCCUUUCCAUGGUUUACAUUUCUGGAGCUCCUGUAAUGUUUGUUGGCUGUGGUCAGUCCUAUACGGACCUCAAGAAGCUCAACGUCAAGUCCAUUGUCAAAACUCUUCUGAAGUGAAUGCUGUUCCGCAUACUCUCACAUGACUGGCUGUUGUUUCUUUGCAAACUUAAAUCCCCCAUGACCUCAUCGUAUUGACUUUGGAAGUGGAAUCAAUCUGCUUUUGUUUAAAUCCAUAUCAUCAAUUUAUCUUUUGGUAUAUGCCGUCUCUGUUUA